AUGUGGCAUCUGCUACUGUUCCUCGUCCUGGGAGCGACCCCCGCCCCGGGCGCGACCCCCGCUCCGGGCGCGCUGCCCGAGCGCGUCAAGUACCUGGAGGUGUCCGAGAACGUGCGGCCGGGCACCCGGGUGGGUUUCAUCGACAUUGACAGCCCGCCGUAUCUGAUAGCGCCGGUGCCGGGCUCGCCGGUCGAGACCGACCUGAUCAUCGAGUCGGCGACGGGCGAGAUAAGGACGCGGGUGCCGUUGGACCGCGAGACCCGACCGUCGUACAGCCUUGUCGCGCUGCCGCGAGUGCGGGUGGUUAUCAAUGUGCUCGACGAGAACGAUAACGCGCCCACCUUUGCGACGGACCACGUGGACAUAGAGUUCCCGGAGAACUCGCCCCGCGACGUCAAGCGACCCUUGCCGCCGGCCUACGACCCCGAUCUCGGCCAGUACACGACGCAACGCUACGAGAUCGUGUCCGGCAAUCACGGCGACGCUUUCCGGCUGUCGCAGCAGCGCGGACGCGACGGCGUUCUGUAUCUGGAUCUACAGAUCGCCGGCUCGCUGGACCGAGAGAUGUGCUCGCGCUAUCAUCUGGUGAUCGAGGCGCUCGACGGCGGCGCGCCGCCGCUUCGCUCCCGCUUGACCGUCAACGUCACCGUGCAGGACGUCAACGAUAAUCCGCCGAUCUUCAAAGAGACGCGCUACGACGCGAGCGUGCCGGAGAACGCGACCGUCGGUACGCCGGUGUUCAUGGUGAACGCGACCGACGCCGACGCCGGGGACAACGGUCGCAUCGAGUACUCCAUCAAUCGCCGGCAGUCCGAUCGCGAGGAGAUGUUCCGCAUCGAUCCGGAGACCGGGAUGAUCUACGUGAACAAGGCCCUCGACUUCGAGUCCAAGGAGCGCCACGAGUUGGUGAUCGUCGCACGGGAUCGCGGCGCCCAGCCGUUGGAAGCCAGCGCCUUUCUCUCCGUCCACGUGACCGACGUCAACGACAAUCAGCCGGACAUCACCGUCAUCUUCCUGUCGGACGACGCGACACCCAAGAUCAGCGAGAGCGCGCAACUCGGCGAAUUCGUCGCCCGGAUAUCCGUCAGCGAUCCCGACUCCCGGACAGAAUACUCGAACGCGACGGUCACGUUGACAGGCGGCGAGGGUCACUUCGGUCUGACCACGCGGGACAACAUCAUCUACCUCGUGGUGGUCGAGCGGCCGUUGGACCGCGAGGAGCAGUCCGUCUACGAGCUGUCGGUGGAGGCGACGGACGCCGGCACGCCUCCGUUGUGCGCCGAGCGCACCUUUCGGGUGCUCGUCACCGACGUCAACGACAACGCGCCGAAAUUCGAACGCGACCGGUACGAGGCCCAUCUUCUGGAGGCGUCCGAGCCGGGCACGUCGGUGAUACAGGUGCUCGCGACCGAUCUCGACGAGGGCGUCAAUUCGGCCGUGCGUUACUCCCUGGCGAACGCUACGUGGUUCGCGAUCGACGAGACCACCGGGCUCAUCACCACGGUGACGCACGUGGACUGCGAGGCCAACCCGGCGCCGAUUCUGGUGGUGUACGCGACCGACUCCGGACGACCGCCCCUCAGCAGCAGCGCGACCGUGCGCGUCACCGUCCACGAUCUCAACGACAACGAGCCGAUCUUCGAGAAGCCGCUCUACAACGCCACCGUGCCGGAGGACAUGCCCGUCGGACGCUGCUUCCUUAAGGUAGGAUUUGAAAAAUAA